UUUUCUCAGCUCACGUGUAUGUUAAUUUAGUGUUGUGUUGUCUCUUUAUUACGAUCUCCGUAUUAAUUUAAUUUCAAAUGGCGCAUAAUACUGUUUCUUUUAUAAGCACUCCUGGGUUUUGUUCUGAUUGUGGAUCCAUUCUACCGUUGUUAGGUGAUAAAGGAAAUGUAAAAUGUUAUGCUUGUAAAAGGGCUUGGGGUCCCGAAGCUUUUGGAGAUAUGGCGAUGUCGUACACUAUUGAGUUUAAUAAAAAGAAUGUUUAUGAUUCAUCAAAAGAAAAGAAUGAUGUAGUGGAAGAAGCAGAAGGCCCUAUUGUUGAAAGAAAAUGUCCUCAAUGUCAGAAUGAUAAAAUGUCAUAUGCUACAUUGCAAUUGAGAUCAGCGGAUGAAGGACAGACAGUAUUUUACACAUGCAUCAAGUGCAAAUUCAAAGAGACAGAGAAUUCAUAACAGAAAAUUUUAUUAUACAUUUCAAUUUUUACAUUCAACACUAUUUAAUUAGUUGAUUGGUAAAUGAUUAUCAAAACAUAAAACAAUCUGUGUUAAUAAAACAUAGAGCUUUAUUUAUGAUGCACUCAACAAAUAUCAAUGAAUCGAGUUCAUAAUAAUAGUAAGGAGAGAAAUCACAUAAUAAUUUUCGUAAUAACGUUGAAUUAUCGUUAUAUUUUUCCCCUAAUUACGCAUGGUUGGAAAUUUCGUAAUAAUGUACCUUUUAAUUGUAUAUAUUCGAUUAAAUAUUUUGUACAAUACAUUGGAAUAAAAGUUAACAAUUAGUUUUAAGAA